UGGAGGCCCGGCCCUAAACCCUUUUCUUAUCUCCCUCCUCCCUCCUGCCGCCACCGUCUUCCUCCUCCGGCUAAAAACCUUCUAGAAUCUUCUAGACCCCUCGCGCUCCUCCAUGGCGCGCCUCCACCACCUCCUCCUCUCCCGCGCGCUCGCCUCCCACCCCCUCCACCACCACCUCCUCCCGUCUCCGCCGCCCUCCUCCAGCCUCCUCCCACCGCUGCUCCCCUCGCCACCGCGUCCUCCUUCUCCUCCUUCUCCGCUUCCCGGUGGUCGCGGCGUGCCCCACUCCUCGCUCGCCGCGGCCUCGCGGCACUACGCGUCGUCGACACCUGGACGCCGGAGGCGAGCGCCGCCGAUGCUGCUGAGGCGGAGGAGGGCGAGGCGGCCGCCGCGGGAGGGCCCCGCCGAGCUCAACGUGCAGAUUGGCAUCGAGGAAGCCCUCCCCGACGACCCCACUAUCCUGAGCAUUGCAGAAGCGCUUCAAAUGGAUGUUGCUAAGGCAGCGAAGGUGGCCUUUGACCACCUCGAAAACUCGGAGUACAAAACCAGAGACAAUUGUAUAAGCGAUGUGAAUAAGUACGAUACUGUUGAGGUCUCUAUACUGCUUUGUGAUGACGAUUUCAUUCGGAAACUGAAUAAGGAAUGGAGGGACGAGGAUCACGCUACGGAUGUUCUAUCAAUGUCGCAGCAUAUCCCCGGGCUGGACAUUCCCAUUCUGCAGUUGGGUGACAUAGUAAUCUCUAUUGACACUGCACAACGGCAAGCGGAAGAAAGGGGCCAUACACUGCAUGAUGAGAUAAGAAUUCUCAUGGUGCACGGAUUAUUGCAUUUAUUGGGCUUUGAUCAUGAGCUCAGCAAAGUGGCUGAAGAAGAGAUGGAGAGCGGGGAAGAACAUAUCUUAAAUUCUCUAGAUUGGAAAGGGAAAGGACUUAUUAAGAGUGCAUAUGAUUCCAUUCAUGACAUGGAUCAUUCACAAAGUUAUGUUGAGGCCAGUAGAGAUUCAGAUGAAAUUAACCUACGGGAAGUUCAUCAACCAAAACUGAGCCAUAUCGUAUGUGAUAUAGAUGGCAUUGUGGAUAAUGAAGGAUACCCGCAUGAAGAAUCAAUAGAAUCUUUGAGAGAGGCAGUUUCAAGGGGAAUAAACGUUAUCACGGUGACUGGAAAGACCCGGGCUUCCACAAUAAGAACUUUCAGGCUUCUUGAUUUGGGAGGGAAAUAUCGUUUUAUAUCAGAGAGUUCACCUGGUGUAUUUCUACAGGGUUCACUUGUUUAUGGAAGGCACGGCCAAGAGAUUUACAGAGCAAACUUAGGUUUGGAUAUCUGCAAGGAGGCAUUUUUGUACUCCUUGAAGUAUAGUAUACCUCUUGUUGCAUACCAUGAGGAACAAUGUUUGACCCUCUUUGAACAUCCUUUGGUUGAUUUGUUGCACACAAUCCACUAUGAGACCAAGGUAAAAGUGGUGCCUUCAGUUGAGGACCUCUUGGGGUAUUCAUCUUUUCAGAAGUUGCUUUUCCUUGACAAAGUGGAUGGGGAUUCAUCUGUACUGAGACAGCAUUGGUCAGAACUAACACAAGGAAGAGCACGUGUUAUCAAAGCGCAUUCAAGUAUGAUUGAGAUUGUUCCACUUAAUGCUUCAAAGGGUGGUGGUAUAAGGAUUUUACUUGAUCAUCUUGGAAUAACUGAAGAUUCUGAUCUUGAUGCUGUGGGAGACUACACAAGAUGGCUAAGCAACAUAUUUACUUAACCAUUCUUAAGCAAAAGCUUGGUGAUAAGCUUGAGAUAAGAAGAAAUGACAUGCAUAUGUGAUGCACAAAAAGGAAAACAAACAAGGAUUCCACAUUGGACAUGUCUAUUUUGAAGCAUGUAAGAAAACAAACUUCAUACCACCGUCCUUUUGGGCUGGAAGAGAAAUUACUGUACCCUUAAACUUUUGAAAGGGAUAUGGGUGUGGAUGGAAAGUUUGCUACUUCCUUCAGAUCUCAUUUAUGGAGGUGUGUUGGAAAUAAAAUCAGACCAGCCCAUCUGUGAUGUCAAGAAAACAAACAUCAAGAAAGUGCAAUUUGCAACUAGUGAAAAUUUUAUGUGAGACUAUUAGUGUUCCUUUGCUCUGAGCAAACGUGUCAAAUUCAUGCCAAUUUUGUUUUUCUGUAGAAUACCUGUAUAGCUGCGCUGCACAAAGCAUUGCUAGUUGUUGCUCGAUCAUGUAAUGCAAGAGUACUCUAGUUCCCAGCUGAUAGGAUUUUGCUUAUUAGCUAGCUGUAUUUCAUUCCACCCGUUUUUAGUAGUUGAAUUUCAAAUGGAUGGACUUAAGGAAAUGUAAGAAGCCAGGUUGAUCCCAGAAGAAAAAAAAUAGUUGAGUUUCCUUGUGAAAAGGAGCAGUACAAGCGCAGCACAACAUGUUAGCUGAAACUGGAUACCUGAAACCCUAGUACUUGUUUGUUUCCACUUUCCAGGGUCAUAUUUUUUGUUACGAGUUAAUAUGCAUUUGUACAUCUUUCUUGCUCUGGUGUGUAGGUGGUUUAGCACUGCUGCACAGGAGGCUGGUGCUGCUUGGUCUUGACAGCAGACAGGGGAGGAGCAAAGCACCUGAUAGGAAGCUGGGCUAUCAGUGAGGACAAGUCACAGAGCGGCCCUUCAGAAUCCAGCUGCAAUGUGCUCGAAGAUGCUGAUGACGACGACGAUGACGGCUCAAGAUAAUCACCAGGACGGCCUCCUCAUGAGCCCCAGGAGGCACCGGCGCGCAAGCUUCUCUCAUUCUUCCAGGAGCAAAUGGCUGCUUAUCUCCUGUGUAUUUUUGGACUCCAGAUUUUGGAAGGCAAAGGCAAGUAUCCAAGUUAA